AUGCGGUUCUCGACUGUACUCCCUCUCUUUGCUGCAACUGCCCUUGCGCAGUACAGCUCGCCGCCGAACAACUCGAGCUCGUCUCUUGGACCUGACAAGGACGGCAAGUACGAGAUCUCGUCUGAGGGUAUUCGCGGUCACUUCAUUCCUUAUGGCGCGUCCAUCUCCAACUUGUUCGUUACGGGCAAGGAUGGCGUUGAGCGCGAUAUCGUCCUCGGCUUCGACAACGCGACUGCUUACGAGGGCGAAGUUCAUCCCCAUUUUGGUGGUGUACCAGGUCGUUACGCCAAUCGCAUUCGGAACUCUACUUUUUCCAUUGAUGGAGAGACCUUCCAUAUCGAGCCUAACGAGAAUAACAACAACAACACCCUUCAUGGUGGACCAGACGGAUGGGACUACCGUAACUUCACCGUCGUGUCGCAUACCGAGGACUCCAUCACCUUCUCUAUUGUCGAUCCUGAUGGCAAAGAAGGCUUCCCUGGUGAGGUCGUGAGCUACGUUACCUACACCAUGACCCCAAACACCUGGAACAUCAAGAUUGUGGCGCUUGCUACCACCAAGAAGACGCCCAUCAUGCUGACUUCUCACACCUACUGGAACUUGGAUGGAUUCGGCAACCCUGAAGAUGAGACUACGCUGAACCAUACUUUCCACAUCCCGUACUCUGGUCAGCGUAUGGAUGUUGACGCUAUCCUCAUCCCUACCGGCACCAUCCUUCCUAAUGAGCAAUACUCGGUCAACGACUUCUGGUCAGCUCCCAAGCAGAUCGGUGCCAACCACACUGCGCCUGAGCUUCUUGGCAACUGUGGCACUAACUGCACUGGUUACGACAACUGCUACCUUGUCAACCGCAACCAAGCCGAGUCUCUGGACUGGCGCAACUCUGGACCCGUCGCUUCUUUGUCUAGCGAGUGGUCCGGUAUUAAGCUCGACAUCUACUCCGACCAGGAGGCUUUCCAGAUGUACAGCUGUCCCGGCCAAGAUGGUACUAUACCUAUCAAGUCUACUCAGGGUGCUGAGGGCAGCAGUGGACUUGUCCAGAAGUACGGCUGCAUCGUCAUGGAGGUCCAGGACUACAUCGACGCCAUUAACCACCCCGAAUGGAUGCGGGAGAAGAAGCAGAUCUUCGGCCCUGCCAGCCCAGCUUACACGCUCGAGGCUCAGUAUGUCUUCUCUACGACUGAGUAG